CAGAAGAAGGAUUUCAGCGUGUUUAUGUUGUUCAAGGGUUUACUGCUUGUCUUGCUGCGAUCAAAUCUUAUCCACAAUCUAAAUAACAUUGUUUUUAUGUAGUUUAUUGGUGUUAAUAUACGAGUGUACGCCGUUUGCGAUGAAGCUAAAAGAGUUAGAAAGCUGCCUACAGCAGGUGGACACGUUUGAAAAACCCAAAAUCCUUCUGGAACAGUAUCCAACCAGUCCUCACAUUGCUGCGUGCAUGCUUUACACGAUCCACUCUACAUUUGAUGACAUCGAGGGUAAACUGGUGGCAGACCUGGGAUGUGGUUGCGGAGUCCUCAGCAUCGGGGCUGCGAUGCUGGACGCAGGCUUGUGUGUUGGCUUUGACAUUGACGACGAGGCGCUGGAGAUAUUCAGGAGAAAUGCUGAAGAAUUUGAGACCUCCAAUGUGGAUCUGGUCCAGUGUGACCUGUGCUGUCUGCAGGGAGAGACUUAUGCACAAAGGUUUGACACUGUGAUCAUGAAUCCGCCUUUUGGUACAAAACACAACCAAGGUAUAGAUAUGAAGUUCCUUCGAGCUGCUUUAACUAUGGCAACGACAGCUGUGUAUUCACUUCACAAAACAUCGACACGAGAGCACAUAGAGAAAAAAGCCAACGACUGGGGAGUAAAGAUGGACGUUGUUGCAGGUUUGUUGAGUACAAAGUCGCAGCUUUUCUUAAAUGAAAAUGUUCAAACUGACCAUUUGACUUCUCUACAGAGCUACGAUAUGAUUUGCCGGCUUCCUACAAGUUUCACAAGAAGAAAUCGGUUGACAUCCAGGUGGACUUCAUACGGUUCUCCAAAACCUGAAAAGCUUUUUCUGGAAUGGAUUUAAGUUGCCUCUACAUAUUCAAUAUUAAUAAUAAAUGUUUUUACUACAAAAAAGAAAAGAAAAACUGAA